AUGUUGAUAACGCAGGAAGUCCAAACGAUUUGUUUACAGAAGAAUGUCAAAAAUCGAAAUCUGUUGACUUCGCAAUUGAAUCGCAUUAAAAACUUAGCUGUCCGAAAUCGACAAGUAUGUGCAGAUUCGAUCACCAAGAUCAACAAUACGAUAAAUCUCAUCAACGAACUUCAGAUGGCCACUCUGUCGGCGCAAUCCGAAGAGAAGGACCGAUUGAACGUACUGAUGAAAGAGAAAGCUGCAUUCGAUGCGAAAUUGAGCACUUCAACGGCAAUGCUCCAUGACGUGAAUAAAGAUUUGAAAAGGCAACUUGAUCGGGUGAAACAAUUGGAAAGUGAAUACACAGAAGCACAAAAAGAAGCAACGCCGAGGGUGGGUGAGAUAUUCUUUUCGGCAAUAGUCGAUAUUGUCAAAUUUGCGCCUCAGUUGUUGUCGAAUGUUAUGGCACAUUUACCUUCCGCGCCGAGCGUUGUAGAGCGAAUGCCCUCACCAAAGCCAACGGCAGGAAAUAAACAGACAAAUGAGCAAGUUGAUGAAUUGAAUGUGAGUUUCUCUUUAGUUCUGGUGAUGAAGAACUGA